UUUUGAUCUUAUCCCAAGAAAUGGAGUUGGAACAUAGAACGGUCAACAUUUACAGAAAUAAAUUUAAGGUAUUUUUUAUGCUUGCUGCUGUUUGUCCAUGGAACAUAAAAACAAAAUCCAUCACUAAAAAUGUCUGCACAUUGGAAAAGGUCAUAGAGAGUUUUGACAAGCUACAAACAAAGUAUAGAAGUUUGAUCGGUGGGGUAAACUACACAAACAUUCCAAAACCUGACCCAAACAACGUGCUGGAACAAAGUCCAUUGUGUGGUCAAACUUUAGUUGACCAGUCGGAGACUAUUGUCAUGGGCGAGGAAGCUCCCGAGAAGUCUUGGCCCUGGAAUGUUUAUAUUGAAACACACGUUCCUGAAAUGGGCAUGGCAUUUUGUGGGGGUGCCAUCCUUAACGAGUGGUGGGUUCUCACUGCCGCCCAUUGUUUACUUCAUAGAAAUGCUACACUGCUCGUUUACUUUGGGUUGUACAGCAAAUCUAAAAUAAACUCUACCCAUUACAUCAAGGCUGUCAAACGUAUUCACAACGCAAAACUUCUUGAAGACGAAAUGGUACUAAAUGAUAUAAUGCUUCUCAAGCUUGAAGCUCCAAUAACUUUUACAGAUGAUGUACGACCGGUCUGUUUGCCUGAUAAGGACAUGUCCGACUCUAAGACCUGUUUCAGUAUUGGAUUUGGAAAGACUGGAGAUUAUAGACCAGAUUCCAACAAUUUGAUGCAAAUCAAGACGAACCCCAUGAAUCAAAAUCUGUGUAUGUACAUCCUUAAACUGUAUAACUCGACGUUUGAUUAUAACACCUACAUUUGUCUCGACACCGAACCAGGCCAGAACAUCUGUUCGGGUGAUUCAGGCGGGCCUCUUCUCUGUAAGGAAAAUGGAAAAUAUUAUGUCGUUGGCGUCAUUGUUGCAGGAUUAUUGUGUGAUAACGCAGAUUUUCCUUCAGUUGCAGAAUCCGUGUAUGCUUUUCUUGAUUGGAUUUACACGGUAAUGAAGUCUAAUGUAUUUUUUAUCCUUGUUGCUGUGUUCCCGUGGAACAUAAAAACAAAAUCCAUCACUAAAAAUGUCUGCACAUUGGAAAAGGUCAUAGAGAGCUUUGACGAGCUACAAACAAAGUAUCGACGUGUGAUCGGUGGUGUAAACUACACAAACAUUCCAAAACCUGACCCAAACAACGUGCUGGAACAAAGUCCUUUGUGUGGUCAAACUUUAGUUGACCAGUCGAAGACUAUUGUCAUGGGCGAGGAAGCUCCCGAGAAGUCUUGGCCCUGGAGUGUUUAUAUUGAAACACACGUCUUUGGCAAUGUUGCAAUCUGUGGUGGCUCCAUACUGACGGAGUGGUGGAUACUCACAGCCUCACAUUGUUUGGUUCAUCCAAAUUCUACCAUGUUCGUUUACAUUGCUUUGUACAGUAAAUCAAAAAUAAACUCUACCCAACGCAUCAAGGUUGUCAAACGAAUUCAUAAAGCAAAGCUUAAUGAAGACGGAACUGUACUAAAUGAUAUAAUGGUUCUCAAGCUUGAAUCUCCAAUAACUUUCACAGAUGAUGUACGGCCAGUCUGUUUGCCUGAUAAGGACAUGUCCGACUCUAAGACCUGUUUCAGUAUUGGAUAUGGAAAGACUGGAGAUUAUAGACCAGAUUCUACAAGUUUGCUGCAAAUCAAGACAAACCCUUUGCAUCAAAAACUGUGUAUGUAUUUCCUUAGAUCAGCUGAAUUAAUGAGUGGCGCCGACAGUUUCAUUUGUCUCGACACCGAGCCGGGCCAGAGCACCUGUUCAGGUGAUUCAGGUGGGCCUCUCCUCUGUAAGGAAAAUGGAAAAUAUUAUGUCGUUGGCGUGACUGCUGCAGGUUUUUAUUGCGAUAAUGGAGAACUUCCGCCGUACACGGAAUCAGUGUAUGCUUAUCUAGAUUGGAUUAAAACUUCAAUUAAGUCUAACUAAUAAAAUAUUUAAUGAUAAAAAAGU